UAUUUAAGAAAACAAACAAUCAUCAUGCUAUAUCUGGAAGACUACCUGGAGAUGAUUGAGCAUCUGCCCCAGGAGCUGCGCGACCGCUUCACAGAAAUGCGAGAGCUUGAUCUGGCCGUGCAGAACAACAUGGACUCGCUGGACAAAAAGUCGCACUUAUUCUUCAAGCAGUGCAAGCGCGACGAGCUGCAGCACGAGUCCAUGGACACCGAGUUUCACAGCCUGCGCGCCGAGUACUUCAAGGUAAUGGAAGACGCCGACGAGAAGGUGGCCAUUGCCACCCAGAUACACGAGCUCGUCGAACGCUACCUGCGCCGCCUGGACAGCGAGCUCUUUAAGUUCAAGUGCGAGCUAGAGGCCGACAACAACGGCAUCACCGAAAUCCUCGAGCGGCGUUCCCUCGAGCUCGACGGCAACUCGACGGCCGCCACCGCCCUGCUGUUGAGCAUGAACCAGAAGGAGAACCGCUAUUACGGGGCCAGCUCCAUUAACAGUGCCGCCGGAAUCAUCACCAGCACAGGCAGUAUUGGCACGGGACCGACCAACUUUGGCCUCGCCAGUUCUGGCGUUGGCUCUGGCUCUGGCUCCGUCACUGGCGGCAGCGCCCUCACCAGCCUUGCCACCUCCCAUCUGAGUAGCAGUCAGCGGCAUCGCAAGCUGGAGAAGCGUCGCGAGACGAUCUGCACCGUGCCCGUACCGGAGAAGCGGGCCAAUCUCAACCACUCGUUGCCCACCGUUAGUGCCGCCUCAUCCUCGGUCUCGGCAGCAACAUCUGCGGCCGCUGGUCUGGCCGUUCAUCCCGCACAUGCGGCGGCCGGCAACCACGUAACCAACAGCAUUACCGCCACGCACCUCACACUGCCAGUGGCCGUGGGUGUCGGAGGUGUCGGGGGUGUCGGAGGUGUCGGAGGUAUCGGAGGUGUCGGAGGUAUCGGAGGUGUCGGUGUGGUUGGGGCAGCCAGCAGCAGUCUGGGCAACAGCUCGCUGGUCAGCAGCGCCUCAGUGGUCCAACGUCAGCUGCCAACGAAUCUCAGCCAGCACUCGGGUCAUUCGGGUCACUCGGGUCACAGUGUGAUCAACAGUUCGGCGGUGGCCGUUGCUGCAGCCCUAUCAUCGACUGGAGUAGCAGCAGCUUCAACCCAUGGGCAUGGACACGGCCAUGGACACAGCCACGGACAUGGCCACAACCAAACCCACAUUCACAGCCACAGCCACAGCCAUGGACAUGGACAUAGCCACGCACACGGUUCGCAUACGACACAAAACAACACAACAGUCACGUAUAAUCUGCAGCAAUUGGGCGGAGGAACAGCGGCUUCCAGCGCCAUUGCGGCCGCCGCCAGCCAGGCGAUCGUCGCCACCCAGCAGAUGCAGCAGGGGCGGCGCACGGCGAGCCUGAAGGCCAGCUACGAGGCCAUCCAUGGGGCUGGGACCAACACCGAUUUCUGGUCGAACGCCGGACAGAGCAGCCUGCAAACGGGAGGAGCGACAGUGGGUACGGGAUCGGCACUGGUCACGGCAGCGAGCGGAGGAGGCGCCGCCACAUCGCACCACCACCAUCAGCAGCAGCAACAACACCAUCACGGCAGCCAUCAUCACCACAGCAGCAGCAGCCACGGUAGCAACAGCCAUCACCACCACCAGGACAAGAAACAGAAUAAGAAAAAGCUGAGUGCCACCAUUGCCACGAUGCCCGCUUCAAUUGCUGUGCAGACGGCUCUGGCCGGUUCUUCUUCGGGCAACUCCAUUGCUUCUUCGUCUUCCUCCAUGAGCGUGGACUCCGUGGACAUGCUCUCGACUGCUGCUGCCGCAGCCGCAGCAGCCGCCGUUGCCAACGCCAGUAUUUCCAGCAUGGGUAUGCCUCAGCAUGGUUGCUCACAGGCCCUGAACACGCAGGCCGCUGGCGGCAUGAGCGCCAGUCACGUGACCACAACGAUGGCCACUAAUGUGAGCAACGUGGCAUCGGCCAUCAGUCUGUCCUCCACGACGCUGGUGCCGGGCUCCAACCUCAACAUCGGCGAGAUUGGAAUGGUCCUGGAACAGCCGAACGAAGGCGAGUGGUCGUACGAUCCCAACGAGCCUCGCUACUGCACCUGCAACCAGGUGUCAUACGGCGACAUGGUGGCCUGCGACAACGACGCCUGUCCAUUCGAGUGGUUCCACUAUCCUUGCGUGGGCAUCACCCAGCCUCCAAAGGGCAAGUGGUUCUGCCCCAAGUGCACCGCCACCAUGCGGCGCAGGGGCAAUCGCAAGAACUGAGGCUGACUCAGGUUGCUGGCGCCCUUCUGUGGUAGAGGGUGGCUGCGACGCUAGAGUAUUUCAACAAUGUCUACCAGAGAAUAAAUCGUACACAAUAAAAAAAACUAGAACGUAGCAUUAAACAACAAUAAACAAAAGCAGGUGCGCAAAGGA